AUGGAUAUUCUGACGCACAGCGCGGACUUCGCACUCCAUCCCCUGGCAUGGCCCAUGCUGGCCAACACGGAGGUAAGCGAGGGCGCAGUGCCAGGUGGAAUGUCCUUGCCCAAGGGCGUCACACCUUUGGGAGCUGGCAUCGUGGCCGUGGUCGUCAUCAUUGCCAUUUCGGUGAUUUCCAUCUUUCUGGGCGCGCUCCUCGCGCAGAAGAACACGGCCACCGGCAAGAUCUUCAAGCUUGCAGCCAGCGAGUACAAAAUCCUCAUUCCGGCCACCUUCAGCCUUUAUCUCAACAGUGCCUUGUUCAUGCUUCUGCCGUAUUAUGGCGGACGAUUCGUCGAAAUGGUCGGCAGUCAGGAAGGAGUGUCGAUGGAUGCGCUUAACCAGGUGACCGCCGAAAUCCUGGUCGUUGCCGUCGCUUCUUCACUCACCUCCAUGAUCCGAGGGGCCUUGUUCGUCCUCGCCGGCGAGCGCAUCGUCUGCGAGCUGAGGAAGCAGGUUUUCCGAGCGCUGCUCCGCCAAGAGAUUGCCUUCUUCGAUGUGCAGACCACUGGGGCACUGGUGUCGCGGUUGACAAAUGACACCGGCACUUUGCAGAAUGCCGCGAGCUCGAACAUCUCCAUUUUCCUUCGCAGCAGCGCGAGCCUGCUGUUGUCCGUGAUCGUGAUGCUCGUGACUUCUUGGAAACUGACCUUAGCUAUGCUCGUCACAGUGCCAGUCGUUAGCAUUUUGGCCGUGUUCAUGAGUCAGAUCUCCCAGCGCGUGAGCAAGAAGUAUCAGGAUGAGACUGCCGAAGUCGGAAAUCUGGCCUCUGAGACUUUUGGCAAUCUUCGCACAGUCCGUGCUUUCAGCUCCGGGGAAAAGCUGAUGGACAAGAAGUAUUGUGCUGCAAGUGACCUCGUCUACCGAUAUGGACGACAGCGAUCGAUGAUCUACGGAGCAUGGUCUGGCGUAGUCGGCAUGCUCUUCUUCGUGGCUUUCACCAUUGUGCUCCGGUACGGUGCGACCCUCGUCCACGAGGGAGAGAUGACCUCCGGGCAGCUGAUCUCCUUUGUCCUCUACACGGUCAGCUUGUCCGGCUCUGUGGCCAUGCUUGGCAGCAUCAUGCCCAGCUUCGCUUCCGCCAUUGGUGCAACAGUGAAAAUCUUCGAGAUCAUCGACCGGGAACCGGCCCAAGUGGAGGGCCAAGUGGAUCCUGGCGAGUGCCGGGGAAAAGUGGAGUUCCAGGGCGUCUCCUUUGCUUACGUCACUCGCCCAGACCAACAGGUCUUGAAAAAGGUCAGCUUCACUGCCGAGCCGAACCAGGUCGUGGCCCUGGUGGGUCAGUCUGGCAGCGGCAAGAGCAGCUGUGUUUCGCUGCUGCAGCGACUCUAUGACUGCCAGGAAGGCAUGGUGAAGAUUGACGACGUCGAUGUCAAGCAGCUGAAGUAUUCAUAUCUUCGCCGCCACAUCGCCGUGGUCUCGCAGGAGCCAAUCCUGUUUGCCAUCAGCGCCAGAGAGAAUAUCGCGUUUGGAGUCGAGGAGAUCAACGAGAACAAGCUCAUGGAGGCAGCAAAGCUGGCGAACUGCCAUGGCUUUAUCUCAGACUUCACUGAGGGCUACGUGCCCUGGCUGCAACAGCCAAGGGGUGGGUAUCCCCAGAGCUGCAGUUGGCAAGUCGAAGCCGGGAAGACUGAGCCGUUGAGCCCGAAGAACCUGUAG